AUGGCCAAGCUAAGCCUUCUGUUGCAAAUCCUCAGCCUCUUGUCUCUCGUGGUGGCCUUCCCUGCAUACUCAGUACGCAGCUCCGGCCCAUCACAGCCUCUAGAUGACCCAUUCUAUAUCCCCCCAGAAGGCUUCGAGUCCAAAUCGCCUGGCACCAUCCUACGCUGCCGCGAGCCCCCAUCCCCAAUCGCUGCAUUCAGCGCCAUCAAGGCCAAUCUCGCCGGUUCCUAUCAAAUCCUGUACCGAACGACGGAUUCCUUUGGCAAGGCCACCGCCACGGUGUCGACUGUCCUGAUCCCCCAUAACGCAGACUUCUCCAAGCUCCUCUCCUACCAGGUGGCUGAGGACGCCGCUAACCCUAACUGUGCUCCAUCGUAUGCCUUCCAACUGCAUGCAGCUACCGACGGAAUCCUCGGUCUGGUUUUGCCGCAGGCUGAACUCCUCUUGAUCGCUGCAGCUCUCAACAAAGGAUGGAUAGUCACUGCGCCUGACCAUCUUGGUCCGAAGUCGGCAUUCCUCGCUAACAGUCUCUCCGGCCACGCCGUACUGGAUAACGUGCGCGCGGCGCUCUCCUCGUCGGACAUCACCAAUAUCUCUUCGGACGCCACCGUCGCAUUAUGGGGAUACUCGGGCGGUAGCCUGGCGAGUGGAUUUGCCGCGGAGCUACAGCCCAGCUAUGCGCCGGAAUUGAAAAUCGCAGGGGCCGCUAUUGGAGGCACAGUGCCCGAGAUCCUCCCUGUCAUUGACGCAGUUAAUAAGGGUCCAUUCGUCGGAUUGGUCCCCGCGGGCAUCCAGGGUCUUGCCAAUGAAUACCCCGAAGUCCAACAGCUGAUCCUCGACCAAAUCAAGCCCGAGAAAUUGGCGGAUUUCAAUAAAACCCAAACCAUGUGUCUCGCCGGUGACGCGCUGCAUUAUCUCGGGAAAGAUAUCUACUCAUACACUAAGAACCCGGAUAUCUUCAACGACCCGGUAGCCCAGAAGGUGAUCAAGGCGAACGCAAUGGGUCAACACAUCCCUACUAUUCCAUUGAUGGUGUAUAAAUCCGUCGGGGAUGAGGUCAGUCCGGUCAAGGACACCGAUGACUUGAUUACGAAGUACUGCGGUGGUGGCUCGGACGUGGAGUAUAAGCGUGAUCUGCUCUCGGAGCAUGGGUCUAUGGCCGUAAUUGGGUCUCCGGAUGCGAUUAUCUGGCUGAAUGAUCGGUUCAAUGGGGUUCCUGUGCACAAGGGAUGUACGAAGACGACCAAAUUGACGAGUCUGACUGACCCCAAGGCGAUUGCGGCCAUGGGCGAGGAGAUUAUUGCUAUCUUGAAGGCAUUUUUAAAUGGGCCGAUUGGACCGGAUAUUGUUGGUUAG